UCCAAACUUGUUUGCAAGUUCUUCAUCUGGUGAAACAUGGCUCUUUUCUUUAAAGUUUCAUGGUACCAGUGUGGUACAUGCCUAGUUCUUCAAGAUUUGGUAGGCUUUCCCUGUUUCCAAUUAGCUUUGGGGUUUUGAGUCUUUUAGGAAGAGUAAUCUCUCCUCCCAUCUCAUUCACUUUGGUCCAAAAGACUCAGUUAGUGAGUGUUGCUUGCUUAAUGAUGGGGUUAUUUCUCCUGUGUCCCCUCCUUUAUGCCUUGGGUUCAAAGUUUCACUUUCUGGUCUUUGUGCUUCUUUACCCUGCGGCAGAUUUGGUUUGUUCCCAAAGGCUAUGGCUAUGUAUGGUGCACAUCUUCUCCAGCUGUAAUACAGUUCCAGCAGGCCUUUGCCUGGACGGUGGAUCGUUCUUUUGCCCUUCUUUUGAUCUGUAGAUAGGGAUAGUGGCUGUUCUUGAAGGGACUGGCUGCUUUUCAUCUCUGAUUAGAUUAUCAGUUGCAUGAUAUUAUUUUCCCUCAACCUCAACCAACCAUCUGAGGGGUAUAUAUAUGUGAAAUAAAAGGGGAUUAAGGAACGUUGGUGUUUCUAGACAAUUGGAGAUGUACUCAGGCCAGCAAUCUGAUCAAUGUCCUAGUGCAAAUAGUGGCAGAGAAUUCUCCGAGGCAAAUUGGAAUACUGUCACAAUGCAUCAGAAGAUGGGCUAUGACAGUGGACUGUAUGGAUUUGGACCUUACAGCAUGGGUUUAGAAGAAAGACCUGGGUUGUAUCAAUCUUCAUCUGGCGCAUUCAGUCAGAACAUCCAAAUGAGUGAUGAGCAUAGCGGGGGUGUGAAGAAGAGGAAAGGAAUGGAUUAUUGUGUUGCGAUGUUGCAAAAUGCUGGUGAUCACCAAACAGAAGGUUCUUCUCAGCCCGAAAGGAAUUCAUUGGAGGAGGGGAACAGAAAGAUUUCGCCCAAAAUGCAAAGCAAGGAAGAUUCUUCUGAUGGUGAUGGUACUAAAGAGGAUUAUGUUCAUGUCCGGGCAAAGCGAGGCCAAGCCACUAACAGCCACAGCCUUGCAGAAAGAGUAGACUUCUCUCUUGUACUGAGGAGAAAAAAGAUAAGUGAGAGAAUGAAACUGCUUCAAGAUCUUGUUCCUGGAUGCAGUAAGAUCACUGGCAAGGCAGUCAUGCUUGAUGAGAUUAUCAACUAUGUGCAGUCAUUGCAACGACAAGUUGAGUUCUUGUCAAUGAAACUAGCAACUGUCAACCCAGAGCUUGGCUUUGACAUUGAGCAGAUUCUAUCCAAACAAAUGAUGCUUUCACAAGACAGACAUUUUGUUUUCUACGGAGCGGAUCCAGGAUCAAGCAGUCUUGCUUCUCAGUUUAACCAAGGAAUCAUGCAGCCAGAAAUGAUGUGCAACAUUUCCAAUCCUGCCGAUGUUUUGCAGGGAACAAUUCAUGAUGUCUCGACAAUGAACCAGAUACCUGCAAGUUGGGAAGGACUUCAAAACCUGCCGCAGAUGAACUUCAACCCUGGUGUGGCAACCGAUAGCAGCGCCAACAACUCUGGUUCCAUGAAGAUAGAACAGUGAGCUGCCAAUAUUGCUCCCAAAUUGUUCUGUGAAUCACUGAAUCAUCUUGCGGAAUGAAUUUUUUUUUGUAUAGCUGGAGGCCUAACCAUUCAUUGCCGGUUUCCUUCUUUUGCUCCCCAUACUGUAUGGCUCAUCGUUUAUGGUAUGGAUGAGGAUCAUGUACAGCUGGAGCUGAAGAAAAACUGAUUCCACUGUAAAUUUCUGUUGAGCUUUGGCCUGUGGAAAUUCGGAUGGAAACCCAGUAUCAUCCAUGAACUCCAAGGGCAGAAGUUUGUUGGGACCAAGUGCUGAAUGCUGAUGGGCCUAAACGUAGUACUAGUAGAAUGAAAUCGUAGGUACAAAAUGCAGAGUUUGAAGACUAAUGCAUUUGUCAGAAAUUCCAUGGAACAUGUACUGUAGGAAAAUGGUUUCAUCAUGCAAUGGAAGGAAACUCAUUGUUGUUA